AUGGCGGCGGCGGUGGCGGCGGCAAUGGGGCCGAGCGCGGGGCUGUCGGGAGCCUGUCCGGACUGGACCCACCAGGCGGAGACCACCGGGGUGCGGCCAAACACCGUGUAUUCCUUGCGGCUGACGCACGGCGAGUUCACCUGGGCCAUCAAGAAGAAGUUCAAGCACUUCCAGGAGCUGCACCGGGAGCUGCUGAAGCACCAGUUCCUCGCGCAUUUCCUCCCCUUGACGCGGCUCGCCCUCCAGGGUCCCCGCUUGGAAGCGGCAGCCCGGGAGCUGCCUGCACUGCCCCACGGGGGCGAGGCUUCCCGGCGUCCGUCCAGCAAGCAGAAGUACCUGGAGGGAUACCUCAACACCCUGCUGGAGAUGAGCUUUUACCGCGACUACCGCGCGAUGGCGGAGUUCCUGGACGUGAGCCGGCUCUCCUUCAUUCGGGACCUGGGAGCGAAGGGCCUGGAGGGCCUGGUGCUGAAGCGCUCCGGCGGCCACCGCAUCCAGGGCCUGAACUGCGCCGGGCGCCACCAGGUCUGCUACCGCUGGUCCAAGAGGUGGCUGGUGGUCAAGGACUCGUUCCUGCUCUACCUGAAGCCGGAGUCGGGCGUCAUCUCCUUCGUGCUGCUCUUUGACCCGGGCUUCUGCGUGCAGGUGGGCAAGAAGACCACCGAGGCCAAGUACGGGGUGCGCGUGGACAACACCUGCAGGUCUCUCAUCCUGAAGUGCAGCAGCUACCGGCAGGCCCGCUGGUGGGGCCAGGAGAUCGGCGAGCUUGCCGAGAGUCGCGGGAAGGAGUUCCUGCAGACCCACCGGCACGGGGCGUUCGUGCCGGUCCGGAAGGAGACCCCCGCCUGCUGGUUUGUCAACGGGGCCGGAUACUUCGCCGCCGUGGCCGAUGCGCUCGCACAAGCCCGGGAGGAGAUCUUCAUCACGGACUGGUGGCUGAGCCCCGAGGUCUACCUGAAGCGCCCGGCCCAGUCGGACGAGUGGCGGCUGGACCUCAUCCUGAAGCACAAGGCGGAGCAGGGCGUGCGCGUCUGCGUGCUGCUGUACAAGGAGGUGGGGCUGGCCCUGGGCAUCAACAGCGACUACAGCAAGCGGGCCCUCCUGCUGCUGCACCCCAACAUCAGGGUCAUGCGCCACCCGGACCACAUCUCCUCCAUCGUCUUCCUGUGGGCCCACCACGAAAAGCUGGUGGUGGUGGACCAGUCCGUGGCCUUCCUGGGCGGGCUGGACCUGGCCUACGGGCGCUGGGACACGCACGAGUACCGCAUCGCAGACCUGGACGGGGCCGCUGGGCCCGGCCGCGAGGGCGGGGCGGAGGCGGAGGCAGAGGCCCCCGCGGAGCUGGCUGGGAACCGGCUGCUCUGGCUGGGCAAGGACUACAGCAACCUCAUCGCCAAGGACUGGGUGCAGCUGGACAAGCCCUUCGAGGACUUCAUCGACAGGCGCCAGACGCCCCGGAUGCCCUGGCGGGACGUGGCCGUGGGCGUGCACGGUGUGGCUGCCCGAGACGUGGCCCGGCACUUCAUCCAGCGCUGGAACUUCACCAAGACCACCAAGGCCAAGUACAAGGGGCCCGAGUACCCCUGCCUGCUGCCCAAGUCCCCCCGGGCCGCCCUGCCCCUGCCCUUCACCGUGCCCGGGGCACACGCGGCUGACGUCCAGGUGCUGCGUUCGGUGGACCGCUGGUCGGCCGGCCUGCACGAGUGCUCCAUCUACAACGCCUACCUGAGCGUCAUCCGGGAGAGCCAGCACUACCUGUACAUCGAGAACCAGUUCUUCAUCAGCUGUGCUGACGGGCGCUCCGUGCUCAACACUGUGGGGGACGCCAUUGUGGAGCGGGUGCUGCGGGCCCACAGCGCCCAGCGGCCGUUCCGCGUGUUCGUGCUGCUCCCGCUGCUGCCCGGCUUCGAGGGCGACAUCGCGCAGGGCGGCUGCCACGCCAUCCAGGCCAUCCUGCACUUCACCUACCGGACCAUCUGCCGCGGAGAGGCCUCCAUCGUCAGCCGCCUGAGAGCCGCCAUGGGGGAGGCCUGGAAGAGCUACGUCUCCUUCUGCGGGCUGAGGACCCACGGCGAGCUGCAGGGCCGGCUCCACACGGAGCUCGUCUACGUGCACAGCAAGCUGCUCCUCGCGGACGACCGGCGCGCCAUCGUCGGGUCUGCCAACCUCAACGACCGCAGCCUGCUGGGCCAGCGCGACAGCGAGCUGGCCGUGCUGGUGGAGGACUCGGAGUGCGUGCCGUCCGUCAUGGGGGGCCAGGAGUACCAGGCCGGGCGCUUCGCUCUGGGGCUGCGCCUCGACUGCUUCAGGUGCAUUUUGGGGGUGACCUCUGAGCUCGACAUCGACCUUCAAGACCCAAUCAGCGACCGCUUCUUCCACGGAACGUGGCAGGCCCGGGCCCAGGCCAACACCAGCAUCUACGAGCAGGUCUUCCGGUGCCUUCCAACGGAUGCUGUGCAGUCCAGCCGGGCCCUGCGGGACUACGUCAGCGUGGAGAACCUGGCCUCAGCCAGCCCCAGCGUGGCCCGUGAGCACCUCCAAAAUGUGCGGGGCUACCUGGUUCAGUUCCCACUCGAGUUCCUGGCCGAGGAGUAUCUCCUGCCCCCGCUCAACAGCAAGGAGGGCAUGAUCCCCGUGGAAGUGUGGACCUGACGCCCUGCCGGAGGAGCCCAGGGGAAGCCGAAGCAGCGGGACGGGGGCUCCGGCAGGGCAGCUUGCCUUCUGCACCGCUGGGGGGCCGCUGGGCGCAGCCUCUCCUCUGCUGGCCCUCCUCUGGGCUGCUCCCGAGGAGCCCUGCCUUCGGGGCAGCCCUCUGCGACGGCUCCCACCCUCCCAAGAGACCUUGGCCAUCCAGCUUCCGUCAAGACCAGCAGGGGCAAGCCACAUUCCAGCCUCGCUAGUGCUUCUCUGCCACCGGCCCACCCUGCGCCUCGGUCCCUCUGGGGGGCAGGCUGGCCCGCCCCGCACUUCCUUCAGGACUGGCAGCACCAGCCCAGCAUCUUUUCCAGCCAUUCCAAGAGGUUUGGGUGGGCAGGCUAGGAAGCCACUGGGCUGCCCACUUUCCUCCAUCUACACCCUGCGGCUCAGACCAGCAGCCCUCCUUGCUGGUCUCCCAAGUGCUCCACGGGAAGCAGCUCCGCAUCCAGACCCACGGCUCCCAGCAGCAUCUGAACCUGUUUUGCUGCAGUGCUGUAUUAAGCGACAUCUACACCAUGCUUUUAACAGAGUUCAAACCGCUUUACUUUCCUGUGGCUCUCCCAGAAGGAAUCACAUACUUCUCAGAGCAGGUGCCACGGACAAAUUCUUGGUAACCUCACCACGUACUCUCGUGGCAUGGCUGAAAGGCAGUGGGGCAGGCCACAGGGGUGCUGUGCAAACUGGGGGCCUCCACUCCACUCUUCCUUCCAGUGUCAUGGUGCUGAUCCAGACCAGUAUUCCAGCGGGGCCUCCCCCCUACCCCCAUUUCCGUGGGAUGCAGCUGCUCUAUUCUGCCCCCUUUCCGGGCUCGAACGCCUGCUGACUCUCGCCACGGUGGGAGAGGGCAGCAAACAGCACCCCGGACUGUACCCCGGGGGUUCGGUCGGGGCAGUCGACUUAGCGGCAUCUCCAAUAAACCUCCAACGCCCUCCUC